CGAAUGGCCCAACCGUGGAAAUGAAAGCGUCCUGCCCUCCUCUUCCUGCCGCCGCCGCCGCAUCUUCCACAACCCAGACCUAAUCUCCUCUCCGAUCCCCACCAAUCCUUCGAGAUGGCCUCGACCUUCCGCGCCGCCGCCCGCGUGGCCUCCGCGGCCUGCCGCUCGGCCGCGUCCCGCUCCAUCCCCUCCGUCGGCCGCUCGGCCGCACGGCGCGCCCCGUGCAUCUCCAGGUUGCCUGUGGAGCUUGGGUGCGUCGCGGGGAUGUCGCUGCUGCCGCUGCACAGCGCGGUGGCCGCGGCGAGGCUGACCUCGCGGCUCAGCACGGCGUCCCGGAGCUGCUGCGCGCUCUCUCAGGGUAUCCUCUGUCGCACCUAUCCCGGACUUUAA